AAAAAAAUGAAUGUUGAAGAAAUAAAAUAUAAGUUGAAAGAAUUACAUAAGAAAUAAUAGGAGAGCUUAAGUAAAAGAAAAACCUUGAUCAAAGAAAUUAAAAGCAUGCCAUUUUAGUAUUUUUGCUAAUCUAUGUUAAUAGAAGGAACAACAAUAAAAACAAGAAAUUAAAGGAUGAGAACGAUAAGGUAAUUUAUAGAUUAAGGAUGUUUUGAAGACUUUUGUAAUAAAUCUUGAAGGUGCUAAACAGGAACGUGCAGAAAAGUAAAAGUAGCUUGAUCAAAAAGUACCCAUUGCCUUAAAAGAGAAAGAUAGAAGAAUAGUAAAAAGUCUAUUUGGAAACCAUCUACAAAGAGCAAAGCAAGAUUUAGAUGGAGAAAAAUAGAAAGUAAAUUCUAUGAUCAUAUUAAAUUAGUUGGAUAAACAAAUAGAGAUUAAUAAAAGAUUAGAGGAUAAAGAAAGACAAGAUUUGAUGGCAUUCAAAGAAAAUUAGGAUGUAUUCUAAUACAUAUAUUAAAUAGAAAAAAAAAGAAAAAUUAGUGACCGAAAGAAAGUAAUUGGAAAGAGAGUUGGCAGCUGAUGAGUUUAGAAGACAAGUACAUAUCAUAACAGCUAUAUAUAUAGUAAUUGUUAUUGGAGCUCUAAUUGAAAACUAUGAGAGAAUUCUUUAUCACAAAGUAUGUAAUAUUUAUAGAGUCUUUUAGAACGGCUCCAUAUUUGUUAUGGCAACCAGUCAAAACAAAUGAAGGAAUGAAUCCACUUAAAGAAUAUAGUAACGAGCGGUUCAAUGUAUAUCCAUUUUCAACUGUGAUUAGGAAAUGGAAAAAGAUCUAAAGGAGAAAUUACAGAGAGCAUACUAAUAAUUUAUUGAUUUUUAAAGUCAGAAAAUAAAGGAAUAGCCUAUUGAACAAGAGCAGGAAAGUUCUCAAUCGGAAAGCGAGGAGUCUUAAGAGAAACCAAAAGAAGAAGGGUAAGAAUGA